AUGUGGGACCCGUCGCGCGGCGAGGACCAGGGCAUCAAGCACUUUGUCAUCAAACAACACGAAGGAGGGAAGGUGUCGAUCGAGAAGUUCACGUUCGACUCGAUCUCGGCAAUGGUCGACUACCAUAAGAAGCAGAAAGAGAGCAUCUCCAAGUCGAAUGAUGUCCUCCUCACCACCCCCAUCAAUCGACAGCCAUGGGAGCUCAACCAUGCCGAUAUCGAGUGCACCAAGAAGUUGGGAGAGGGCGCUUUUGGAGAAGUGCACAAGGGGAAGCUCAAGCUCAAGAACGGCAAGACGGUCGAUGUCGCUGUAAAAUUGGCGAAGCUCGAGGUGCUCACCAAGGAGCAGAUCAAGGAGAUUAUGCGCGAGGCGCGGCUGAUGCGCAACUUUGAGCACCCGCACGUCGUCAAGUUCUACGGCGUGGCCGCCGGCCAGGAGCCGCUGAUGGUGGUGAUGGAGCUGGCGAACCAGGGCGCCCUCGACUCGUUCCUCCAGAAAAAAUGCCUGCCCCAUGGAAAAGAAGCUCGAGAUGAUCGUUCAGUCGGCGUGGGGCAUCGAGUAUCUGCACCUGAAGGAGGUGCUCCAUCG